GCGCUGGCGAUCGGAUAGGCGUAUCCUUGCCGCUGCUGACCAUUCUCCGUGCACCGCCGUCGACAGAACAAGUCCUAUGGAGAUGAAGAGGAAGCACGAGUCUCCUUCUCCAGCCUUGUCCGUGAUGGCGACGACGGCGACUUCGCCUUCGCAGCAGAAGAUCCAACUGGCAGCACAUCAUCUUGCGUCCAGCAAUACCAAGACACGCAAACGAACGCCAUCUCUGAACUCUGAACAAUUUUCCCACGAUAUCCCUGAGCGGGAGUUGAUCACUUCGACACGUGAUUCAUCGCCGGUUGACCCUGUGACGAUGGUGCAACCCGCGAUGACCACCCGAACCCCGUCCCUGCUGCUGCUGGAAGUUCCAACGAAGCAUCCACAGAGCCCCAACUCGAUCGAACCUUCGCCCAAGGUGAUCCUGUCCUCCCGCGAGGCGCUGCCAUCGCCUCGUUUAACGCUCCCACCCAAGGACCAGGAGCAUCCCCCACCAACCACCACCACGACCGCAUUUCCACCAAAACGAGCGCGGAACCGCAAUCCAGGCAACUUGAUCCUCGACUUGUCCCAGAUGACCCCCAUGCAAUCGCCGACCAAAGCUGCCGACUGCACGAACGUGUGCUCGCAGGUUACCGACUUCCUCUUCGUCGGGGGCGCCGUCGUCGCCUCCCAGCGCGACGUCCUCGAGCGGCAUGGCAUCACGCACGUGAUCAACUGCGCCGCGACCAUCACUCCCAACUACUUUCCCCACGUGUUUGACUAUUAUCGGCUGCGACUGCGAGACCACGCGACCCAAGACAUCCACCAGCAUUUCUACAACAUUUUCCAGUUUAUCGACACGGCCCGGGCUCGUCACGGCAAGGUACGAUCGAUCGAUCGAUCGAUCCCCACCAUCAUGGGCUCCUUCCUUCCCUGCCGUCGCUUGGGAUAUUUCCCUUUGAACAACUUUCUCUAUCCACAGGUGUUUAUCCAUUGCGUCAAAGGCAUUUCGCGGUCCCCGGCGAUGGCCAUUGCGUACCUCAUGGCGAGGGAACAAUUGGGAUUAUACCCAGCGCUGGAACUCGUGCGGUCGUCGCGCCCAGUCAUCGAUCCCAACGCAGGCUUCAUUUUUCAACUCAACGAAUGGGAUUCGUUGCGCCAACUGCACUGCAACCAGCCCAGCACAGUCUUCCGUGUGGAAAUGUCCCAAGACGACGACGUCGACGGGGAAACUUCCUCAGGACGGUACUACCCGUUGAUCAUUGGACCCGUGCCGUCGGACCACUUGAUGGCAUCGUCCUCGUCGCGGGAUCCGUCGCAAGAGUCGCCGCAGAUACAUGUACAACUUGGAGUGAUAUUCGUUGAGGGGUCACAUAUGUCGUCGACGGGUAGGACGAGCAUGCCGCGGCGUGUUUUGUCGUGUGCUCGAUGGAAGCCAAGUACUGUUCGCUGUGGUGCGGCCGAGACGCUAGCGACGAGAUGGUCGAGACGGGCAAGGUGGCCAUGCGCUUGCUGCAAACAUACGAAGACUUUCCGGAUACAUUUGACGUGGUAAAGAGUGGACAAGAACCGAGCGCGUUCUGGAACGUGGUCGCCCCCGAUCAAGAAGACCCCCACGCGAUGUAAAGAUAUGAUCUUAUCGCUAGUAGGACGUGAUUGGUACCCGUCGUCGAUGGCUUGUGAAAGUAUCGCACACCGCGUGACUAUCUAUGUAUGCUGGACACAAACGUCCUUGAUGAGUGCGCGCAAGUCGGCCAUAUCGCGGCGUAACGCUGCCACUUGUGACACUAGAACUUCCAAGGGCGAGUUGGUAGAUGAUGAUGAUGAUGGGGAGGAUGGUGCGGUGGGCAGGGGGGGGGGAUGGGGAGGGUGAAGCACGUGGAGAGACGUCGAAGGAGGUGCAACUGUAGACGAGGCGGAACUGGUCACCACAAAGCCCCACGCGCACGCCAGUAGAAUUACUAGAACCCCGAGGUUCUCCAGUGGGUGACGCCAGCAAGACAUGACGAGAUCAGUGAUGGAGGAAGGCAGUGCGGAUGAUUCAUCCGUUCGUUCCGAUAUUUGGGGAUGCGGAAAUUGGAAUGAUGGAGAGGCAGGAAACUCAUCGCCGGUCGAUUCUGAACGGGCUGCUGCUUGCUGUAACUUUCGGCGAACGAGAACUUCUUGUCCUGAAUGACCAACCUUUGGACGUGGCGUGGAUUGAUUAAGCAUGGCACUGGCAUUCAAA